GUGACGUCACUUCCUACAGCGGAACUGUCAAUAUUACCGCCAUGGCAGUGAGCGGAGUCGAAGCAGACGAGAACUUUGACAUAUUUUCAUGCACUUUUGUAUUGAUGGACGAAGUAAACUGAUAAAGCUACAUAAUGAGGGGAUCGAGGGAGCUAAAUAAUAUGAGGGAUACCCCAUCCUUCAAAAUAAAGAAGGUUCUGGUUCUUUCAAAGUUGCGACAUUCCAGUGUCUCUGGACGAAAAAUUGGGGGUACCGGUUCUGCAUCGACUUCAUCCAAGACUACUAAGAAGGAGACAAGGACAAAGGUCAAGGAUGACUCAAAGGACCAGACAGUUGGAUUAAAACGUAAAGGAAGGCCUCCAAAGCCCAAAAAGCGGUUAAAAGAUGAAGCUGACACUACUCAGGACAAAGAUGGGGAGACUGGACAUGGUAGUACAGUGAAAGAUAGCUCACAAUCAGGGAAAAAAGAAGCAAACCCAGAUAGUGAACUCUCCAAAUCAGUGAACACACAGCCUUCCAGCUCUGGUUCUAAGAGACAAUUUGGAAAGAAAAGAUCUCAGUUGAUUGCCAAGCCUGAAAGGAAACUACGGAGCCAAAUAGGUGAAAUGCUUAUGAGGCAUGGGAAGAAGGUAUCAAAGGCUCCAAAACCUAAAAGAAAGAGAACUUUAAGUGCUGAUUUUGAACUCCUUGAUGAAAAGUCUCUUAAGAGGCAACUGAAAGAAAAUAAUGACACUGCAAGUGGAGCAGAAACUGAUCAAAAUGAUUCUGAUGCUUCCAUAUUGCAAGAUUCAGACAACGAAGUGGCGAACACAGGUAAGAGGAGGAAAAAGUUCAGUGUAACUUCAACCAGUUCAAAAUCUCAGGCUAGAGAAACGUCUGUGUCCAUGGAUUCAAGUUGGGCUGAUUGUCCAUCCCCUCUCAUAGGCUCUGGAAAGAAAUUAGUUAAGAAAUCAAAGGCUUCAGGAAAUUCACGUGAUUCCUCAGUUGAUGAAUCCGAAACAAGCAUUGUCAUCAAACGACAGGGAACUAAGCAGAGGACAAUCAGAAAGCAAACAGACAAUGCACUUCCUGACAGCUCAACAUCUGUUUCUGUCGCAUCUGGAGACCAGCAAGAUGAUGAAAAACCAAAGAAACGAGGAAGACCUCCAAAGAGGAAGCGAUUAGUGUCACAAGAUUCACAGGUAAGUGAAUCUGGAGAAAUUGAAGAGAAUAUCGAACGACAACCUCAACUAACUAAAGUUGAUGCCAAUGCAAUUACUGAGAUUAAAAUGUCCAAAGAAACAGUAAAGAAGCAACGGAUCGUGAGGAAUGAAGAAUGUCAAACUGAUCCUUAUACAUUUUCUGGGCUUGACUUUGAGGAGGAAGAUGACUCUGAAAUUAGUUUCAAACCAACUGGCAUGUCAGGUGAUGUGAAACGGAAACCAGGCAGACCAAAAAUUGGAGUAUCCCGACAGCCUAUUGUAAAAUCUCUCAAAGUUAAAAAUACACACAAGCUUCUUAUAUCUGAUCAGAAACACAGGCCAUUCAGUAGAGUAAGAGGAGGAAGAAUAUUAAAAGCUUCUCAGAUGUAUAAGACUACUCGCAAGAGAACCAUUCAACAGUGUCAAGAUAAACCAUCAGUUUUGCUGGAAGCUAAGAAGGUGAUUGAUGAAGAAUCAGCAGGACGGGAAACUGAUCUUGUUGUACAAGUGGAAGAGAGAAAACCACCAGUUAUCACACCUCUGAGGAUUGUGGUUUCCGAACAAGAAUCUGGAACAGGUUCUCCAUUGUCACCUGAAAUGCAGCAUCCAGACCUAACGAUAAUAAAGGAUUUGAUCAGCCCUGCUCCCAGCAAUGAAGACCUCGAACCACCUGUUUUAGAACUUGCUACUUUUGAGGCAGGGGUAAUGGCAGAAGAACAGGAUGUAGUGGGCGAUUCAGUGACUUCUGAUAUUGAUACUGUAAUAGAAGAAGUUUGUCCUGAGGAAGGUGUUUUAGACAGUUUAGAAUCCAUGGAUGGUGAUGUUAUGGUCUGUCAGGAAGAAGUAAUACCAUUUGUUGCCAUUAAUGAGGUGCCUGAUACAGUACCAGUACCAGUAGUUGAAAGCAGUGACAUGAACAAUGAGGCUACACAGAUGACACAGCGGAGCUCUGUCACACUGCCUAAUGAAGAAACCAAAGAUAUCAAAACAGAGUCAAGUGAAACAGCAGAAGAUGUUGAGGCAGUUCAGAGUGAGGGAGAAGUGUUGCCAUAUAAGGAUAAAGCUGAUGGUAUUGAAAGUGAGAUACAUGAAACUUGUAAGGAAGCUGAACCUCAGAAGAUCUCUGAAGCUCAGAAGGUGUCCGAACCUCAGAAGGUGUCUGAAUGUGUAACUCAGCCCUGUCAACCAGAUGUAGAUAAUGUGGACAAGAUGGAAAUUGACAACUCUGAACCUGUGCAGUUGGUAUCCUCGAAAGAAGAAGAAAAAUCAACAAAUAUAGAGGAGGUUUCAGAUGAGACCAUUAGGGCUUGUCUGCAGGCUGUUGUUGAUGACAUUGUUAACACCCAGAGUCAAGACUCUGAAAAAUGUGAUGAAUCAGAAGUAAUUAAAUCAGACACUGACAUUGGUUCUAAUGACCAAAUGGAUGCAAUUAGUGAUGUUGAGUCAAAGGAUAAGGAACACAAAUGUGAACCAGGUGGCAUAAAAAUGAAGCUUAAAAGACAUAAAGGUAAAUUCAAAGUCACACGUCUCAGUGAAGAAGAUGAUAGCUUAAUUGCAGAUGUUGCUUUAGAGGAUGGAAUUCCUAAUGUUGAAUCAAACUUUAAUGAAAAAUGUGAAGAAGACUCUAAAGUUGAUGUCAUUGCACUUGUCAUGGAGCAUAUCCUGGACACAGUUGAAUGUAAUCUUGAUGGAUCCAAGGUCACUGAGGACAAGGUAUCAGACAAGCAGUUUGAAAAAGAAAAUGAUGUUUUCACUGAAACAAAUGAAGUGGAAGAUGCUAGCUUCAGCUCAAGCUCUGACAUAUCUCCAGUUGACUCUGAAAAGCGUGUGCCACCUCUCACCAUUAGACUCAAGUCGGGUAAACCUGGUAGAAAACCAGUGAGGAAAUUUGAAUUGCGACCCAAGAUCUCUAGAUCCCCUAUUGAGAUAAUUGCAAUGAGACAGAAACGCAUUGAGGAAGAAUAUGACAAAAAUGAAGCCACAAGACUGGCCAGGAAAAUUGAAAAGCAGAUUGGCAAAAGGAAAAACCUGGCUAAAUCUGCUUUUAAGGAAAGCAACAUUGCAGAAGUUGGUAUAACAAAUGUACAGAAAGCAGGAAACUUUGAGGAGCUUAUGGAACUAUGCACACCAUGCUCAGUGAAACUUGUAGACUUUGUUAAGCAGUUGAAUUUAACAAAUCAAUCUGAAGAUGAGAGCCAGAGCAAUUCACAGCAAUCAGAUCUUGGUGUGACUGGAGGCAUGGAAUUGAGUGCAGAUAUAUCCUCUCCACCUGCACCAGCUACAGUGAAAAAGAAGAGAAUGAUGAAAGGCCGAAAGAGUCAGUUCAAAUCUGGAAGACCUAGGGGUAGACCACCUAAAAACAAAAAUAAGGAUGGUUUGACAGUUGCCCAACUUUUGAAAUUGAAACAGGACGACACACCAACUCCAGAGCUACCUACAACAGAGAAAAAUGUGGAGGAACUUGAUGGAGAAGGCUUUGUUGGAAGCUUUGUUGAAUUUUUGAAGUCUAAGAAGAAAGAAAAGCCGAAGUCUAAAGUUACAGAUGCUUCCAAGACGUCCAAGAAGACAGAUACUAAGGCAGAUGAGAGCAUAACAAAGGUGACUCCAGUUGCUGUACCUCCACCUGCCACUGUUGCUCCAGUAGUGAAUGCCCAUACUGUACCAGAAAGUGUUAGACUGAAGCAUUUAUCUGGUGAUAGAAAAUCAGGUGUGAAGUAUGUUUGUAACAAGUGUGAAUUUUCCUCUGCUGUUCAGAAGACAAUGGAAUUUCAUGUGUACAGUCAUAUUCCUGGUCUGUCAUUCAAAUGUGGCCAUUGUAAUAAAAUAUUUGCCUCUAUGGUUGGAGCUUCAGCACAUUCAAAGAAUGAACAUCAUGGGAAAGAGUCAAAGGUAAUCAAAAGUAAAGACUUAAUUGAAAGUGAAUUAUAUCAUGUGAUAGAAGAAGCACCAAAGGUGCCAGUAGAAACGAAUGUCCUGAAGCCUGUAGAUCCAGGAUCAGUGAGUGGCAGUACAGCAUCGGGGCCGGUCAUCAUAUCUUUCCUAGUGGACAGCAAGUCAUUGAAAUCUCCCAAUGCAAAGCGUUUUAUGUGUACCCACUGUGAUUAUUCUACAGAUAUCUUGGAGGAUGUGCAGCAACAUGCAAAGGACUUGCAUUCAGUUGAAAAUCUGUAUGCAUGUAUCUUGUGUGCAGAUGCUUAUUUUAACUCUGAAGAAACAGUUAUGAGUCACAACCAAACAACACAUCCUUCAAGGCCUCAGUCUUACAGGAAAUUACCAAACUUCUACGAUGUGGAACAGAUGAAGGUAGCAGAGAAAUCACAGCUUGAGGAUAGAGGUAAUAUUUUUGACAGAAUGAACAAUUUGUUCUCUACAACCAAUGUUGGCGACGAUUCUAACAGCGAAAACCCGCGGAAAGCUCAUUAUCAAAGAGCCAGGGACUUCCUGUAUGUGCAAGAAGGGUGGAAAAACAAAACAUCUGCAGAAGCAGACAGCACAACGACAGUUGAAAAUGAAACUGUGUCAAAUACAGUGGACAGUGAUUCUGUGUGUAACCUUGGUGACAAUCAACCAGUUACAGUCGAAAGUGAAACCAAAGGUGCUACUUCUGUUGAAAAGCAGGCUGCAGAAAAGCUCAACAAAGCUGCCAGUGAUAAAACAGACAGCAUGUGUGUUGAGACAGAGCAAUCAAAGAAAGAGAGUGGCAACGAGAAAGCAAAUAUUCUUGAACCAAAGGCUUCUUCAACUAAUAACAAGGCUGCAAGUGAAGGUGAUGGGAAAAGCCUGUCAGAUUCAUCCUCAGUGAAUGAUGCUGUUCCAUCAAUGGAGAAAGAGAAAGCUACUUUGGAUCAAGAAAAUACAGGUGCAGAGAAAGGUGCCAUGGUAACAGACAUAAAUGAUGACACUGGCCAUGAUGACUCUGGAGUCUCAAGCUUAAAAAUUGUUGAUGUUGUCAGUUUACGUGAUCAGAACCCUGAACCAGCUGUGGAGCCUCCAAGGAAAAGGAUGCCAACCCGAAACACUAGUCAGACAUCUCGUGGAGCCAAUAACCUGCCUGAGGUUGAUGUUGAUGCUUUGGUUCUGAGAAAUGAGCGAAUAACUUGCACAUACAAGUGUAUGAAAUGUAACAUACAUUCUCCCUAUCUGUCUGCUAUGGUAGAACAUUUGAAAAAUUAUCACAGUGAAAUUGCUCUGUUUACUUGCCCUUAUUGUAAAGGCUUUAAUUCACAAAAGCCGGAGUUCACCACUGAGGUAAAUGUGCAUGAACAUGUAAAAAAAGUGCACCCUUCUAACUGUGCAAAGAAUGAAGUGUCUCUCUCGGACACUGCAAAGACGUUUGUUCAAGUGCUUGCGAUUCCAUCUGGUGUGGAGUGUAACAAAGUAGGCAAUACAUUUGUUAUUGAGAAAGACAUAUACAUGUGUUUGAAGUGUCAGGCACAUAUGCCAUCACUAGACUAUACUUUUGGACAUCUAGAGAGGGAACAUCCUGAUGCCUUUGUUCAAGUGUGUCCAUUGUGUAAGACGUUCAAGGACAAGUCAGAUGAGGUAGUGUUUGCCCACAUCAUGAAAGAGCACAACCAAGAUCCAAAUGACCAUCCUUUGUCUGUGGCUAUUGAAGACGAUUUGUUUUUGAGAAUACCAUCUAUUUCGAAAAGUGGUGCUUACAAUGAUAAAGUGAACACUAACAAAGGUGCUAAACUUGAUACCAAUAGAAAAAUAGCUCCAAAACCUUCCAUAGGAGUAGUGAAUGAUGAGUCUGAAGAUGAUGUUUUAGUUGUGGGAGAAAGUAGAAACCCUUCUAGACCAUCUGCAAUCAGGUCUACAGGGCAAUCAUCAAAGAGAGGUCGACCCCCACUGAUAUCACAAGGUGUUGGAGGAAUUACUACUGCACCAAGACUCGCUCUAAGACCUCCAAGAUUUUCAACACCAAUUCAACCAGCACAUUCACAGCCAAAAGGCAUUAUGGUAGCAAACACAAGGUUUUCAACUCCUGUUGGAACUAGCACAAGGUUCUCACCCCCUAAAGCAAAAAGCUCUACAAAGUCAAGUCCUGAACAAGCUCAGGAACUGAUGAUGGACUGUGAAAGUGUUGAUGACCCUGUGAACGCCAAUGCAAAUAUUGUGGAAGAAGAUGGUGACGUUGUAGUCCCAGCAGUGCCAACAACUGCAAUCAGUAGCCCUGCUAGUCUUAUUGACUCCUCAAAUGUCAUUUCCCACUCGGCAGCUGUUGCAGUGGCCUCAUCAGUUGUGUCAGUGGAUACAACAGUGCGUGUCUCAACAGCAACUACUGCAUCUGUCACCCAAACCACCACUGCCCCAGUCACAGCAAAUAAACAGAUAGUGGUAAACACAGCACCUCCACCUCCACCUCCACUCAAGAGAUUUGGUGUACCUAUUCUUCCCAAGACGACUGCAUCUCAGCAAGCAGAGGGACACAUUGCAAAGACACAUAUUUCUUCUACGCCAACACAACAAACAACAUCCAUAUCUUUAGCAGACAGACCAUUGGUGGCAGAAAAGAUCAAAGAACUACAAAUAUGCAGACCUAAGUCUUCACUUUUCUCUAUGACGGAUAAGCUCCAUAGGCUUCACAUGAGAGCUGCAGAAAGAGAAAGAGAAAAGGAAAAAGCUGCACAACUGGAAAGGAAUAGUCCCCUGAAUGCUCAAAGUAGUCCACUUAAUCCAAGAAGUAGUCCUCAGUUCUCUCGGGAGGCUUUGCUUAGUUCCAGAAGUAGUCCUAUAACUAGCAGAAGUAGUCCUAUGUUAAAUACUAGCCAACCAUCGUUAUUUGCUUCAAGACCAGUUCUAAAGGUUCCAAGCUACUCGAGUAUGCCAAGGCCUCAACCACCUCCAAGACCUAGUUCUGCUGCUCCAAUGAUUUCAUCUGUGAAUGCUAAUAUCCAGCACAGUCAGUCACAAGCAGCACAAGCCCAUCGAAAGUCCCUGUUAUUCAGGAAUUGUCCUCUUGAUUUGUCGAGAACUCCCUCUCCUGCUCCAACACAAAUGUCGUCAACCCCUCCACAGUCAAAGACAGUAUCUGAUGAUCUGCCUCCAGAUGCUUUCAAAAUAUUCAACCUAAAACCAGAUUCAAGACGACAGAAACCAUGUCCACAAUCAACUUCCAAUACUUCUGUAAGGCCACCAGUUAAACAAGUCCUUGGAAACACCAUCCCAAACAUUGUUGGCACCCUGGCUGCUCCGGGAACUCUCUUGCAGCAGGUACAGGCCCUGCCUUAUACCCAGCUUGCACAAAUGCAGAUGGCUGGUGUUCCACUGAACCCUUUGCAGUUGCAAGGUUUGUGCAUUCCAGGAAUAAACACUGGUAGCUCUUUUGUGCUUGCACACCUACCACAGCAUCAAGGUACUAGACUUAGUGUUCCACCUCAACAGCUACCUCAGAUGCAUUCCCAGACUCCUGUGAACACAUCAUCUCUAUCUGUCCCUGUUUCUCAACCCCCAAGACCAUCAAGUGCAAAGACUGUAGCUCAGGCUUUAGCAGAGAGGUCACAUGGAAGCAGGCAUGCUGUCCCCAUUGCCAGCCACCCAAGACCUAAACAGAGCAUUCCAGCUCGGUCAGUUUUGUCAAUGAAAAAAACUGGUCAUUCAAGGAUUUCACAGCAAGGUUUCUGUUGCCCUUACUGUCCACAGUUUAGACCGUUACAAGAUUUUGAGGUUACCCCUCAUAUUGAGCGAUGCCACCCAGGAAAAGAUGUCAUGUUUGUCAAAGUGCCAUAGAAGGAUAACCUUUGCAUCCAUCUAUUAACAAGUGCUAAUGUACUGCAGACAGGUUUGGACACACUUUGUGCAGUGAAUGUAUUCCCUGCCAAUAUGCAUCUUUGAGAUACGGUAUACAUUAUGUGGAUGACAUUCCUGUAUUGGUAAUUGCUUGCCACUUCGAUGCCAUUACCCAACUGAAGUAAUGCCAAGAUUUUUACAUGUUUUCAUUUAUUUAUUGCCUGUUAGGAUCAGGCCUUAUAAAUAGUUUCUCCGCAUCAGUAUUCAUGUUCACAUUCGUUACAAUAUGAUGCAUAUUUUAUCACAUGCUGCAUGCUUAAUUUCAUAUCAUAAAUGGAAUGUUCUCUUGUCCUUAAUUCAAGUGAUAAGUGAUGUCUCAGAUGGUUGACAAGCAAACCCAAUAAGGUUUAUGAUUUUAAUGUUCAGUAUUUAUGAAACACCUGUACAGGAUUGAUAUUUUCAGUGAUUUGCUUGAAUGGGUGGUCUGAAUGUGUCUUGAUGUCAUGUUUUUUUUUUAUCUCUUUGUGUGUUGGAGUAGCUUAAGGUACCUCAAGUUAAAUAUUUUGCUCAAAUCAAACCUAAAGUUUGAUUGAACUUCUGUUGAGCAGCAUUUCUGCUGUGUUACAUUUUCAACACCUCUGGAAGCAUGAGGCCUAUUAUCAUCAUUUCAAAUGAUCUGAUUUUCUGACCUUGUGUAUUUUUAGAAAUUGUAUGUGAGCUACAGAGCCUUAUGGCUCCAUCCUUUUAUUUUGUUGCUAUAUUUUAGUACAAUGCCAACAUGUUCAACUUCACAUUAUUAAUGCUGGAGAAUUUAUAUCUUUUGAAGAAAGGUGAUAGUAUACAAUACAUUUGCAAUGUAUUUAGCCUCCCAAGGGAGUAUUGAUUGGUGCUUGUUGGACUUUGCUGUAUGUAUCAUGUUCCAAUUUGACUAAUAAACAAAGGAAAAACUAUUUGGAAGGCCAAAACUUGUCAACUGUAUAUUUCCUGAUAUUCUUUUCAGAACAAGUUUAACUUUAAAUACAAAACACAGAGAAAGGAACAAUAUAUUUACAUUAUCUUGAAGUUGUUUUGUUUGCUUUGUUGAUUCUUCAAGGACUAAAGUUAAAGUAAAGUUUGAAUAGUGAUCAUGUAGCUACAAAUUCUUAAUGUUCUUUAUUUUAUGACUAAUCAACUAAGGGGAUUAAAAUGAUUAAAACCUCUAAUUGUAUGCAUGAAGUCUGACUUUCAUUUCCUGUAUGAACUUUAAAGGUUUUACCUUCUGCUGUAUGUGACAAAUUAUUUUCACUUAAUCCAAUAUGCAUAUCAUUUGUGAAAUAUGUCAUUGUGUAUAUCUGAUGAUCAGGAAGUUUCCACUUGCUAAUGAUGUUGGAGGGAGGUUCUCUCAGAGGGGCAAAAAAGAUAUUCACACCUAUUAAGUCAUUCUAUAUACAACGGGCUUUGAUCCUAAGUCCCUUUAAAAAUGUGAUCUUAUGGCUAAUACAUUCAUAACACCCAUACAUUUAACAUAGAUUCAAAUAACUUGCCUAUUUGGCUAAUACCAUACGAUCUAGCCCCUCACACUUCUCCGAUAUCCAGUGAAGAAUGAACAAUCAAAUGAUUUGAGAUCAUGUCUUGUAUGUCUGUGACAAUUGUUUUGAUAUAUUUAAUUUCAUGACAGUCAACUUUGUCAUAUAAUGGGACAAAAGGUGCUAAAGUUUUGCACACUCAAGGGUCUUGCAAUGCUUUGACAGUGAAUGUAUGGUGGGUGAUUCCUUAGUCAAUAGUCCAAUCUGGACUAGACAUUGUUGUACAUUGUUGAGUCAGGCAUAAGACCAGGGCCUGUAAAAAACACAGCUAUGUAUGUAUCAUGAUCAGUACUGCUACGCCAUAUGUAGACAUAGCUUUUUAUUGAUUAUGUGCUGUAAAUUAAUCUUAACAAGAUGUGUUGGCUAUGACCAGUAAGGUCAUUUGCCCGAAGAUACCAUACCUUAAUAGGCUUUAGAGUUGCACCUCACUGCCACUGGGUACUCCACAUAGUCCUUGUUCAUGUUGCCCUUUAGUUUAACAGCACUGAAGUACAGUAAUCAUACUGCCCACUUUAUUUUUGUGAAGUGAUUUUAGUAUUUAUACAUAUAUAUGUAAAACGAAUAUUGAAUGUGGGGUUGUUGUAUAUACCAGUUAUGUGUUAUAACUAAUUGAUAUUGGAUUAUCAUGAAUAGCUUUUUGUUAUCACAUGGUAUGACACCUGAUUAUGACAACCUGUAUGUAAAUCUGUGUCUCAAACUUAAGUUAUAAAACAGGGAUGCAUAAUACCAUGUUAUAACAAAUAGCAUGGAGACAUUGGUAUAAUGGAGUGUAUUCUGACACCUUGUUUAAUCACAAACUGCUUUUGUCAUAUAGUAACAACACACGUUAAAAUACACUCUUUAACUAUUGGAGGCAAUUUUGUCUUGCAUGCUCCCUCAAGCAUAACAUGUAACAGUGGAUGGGGAGCUAUCACCAUAUCUGGCGGUGCAUUAGAUGCAGGCACAUUCAUUUAUGUGUAACAGGCACCAUCAGCAUACUGAUCUGUAACAAAUGUAGAAAAAGCAGAUUGUACCGAGCAUCAUUAUUAAAACUUGAGGGUGUCGGAAGAAUAUGAGGUUAGAAAGUAAUCAUGUGUGAAGGAAAUGUCACAUUUCUUGAUAAACGACUUAGUAUGCAAGUUGGUUAUGAACAAUUGUUAGCUUUUGAAUUUGCAAAAUUAUUUUGAAUAAAAUAUUCUGACAUUG